AAUGCAAAUCACUGCAAUCGGCAGCAGCAGCAGAAAGGCGAAGCAGCUGCAGCCCGGGCUCCCCAACAGCGCUCUCCAGCCGGGGGAGGCGUAACAAAGGCAUCCGAGCCGCUUUCUGCGGCAGCUCCUGCGAUCGCAGCCGGGUGGUCGCCGGGGGGGGAGGGAGGGAGCUGCCGCUCCUCAGCCGCUUCCGAGCUCGCCCCGCUACCGCCGCCUUCCCAGCUCGCCCAGCCGGCAGCUCCGAGGGAGAGAAGCUCUCGCCGGGCUGCGGACAUCAGAUUGAACUUCAAGAUGUCGUUUGGAAGAGAUAUGGAGCUGGAACAUUUUGAUGAGCGUGAUAAAGCUCAGCGGUAUGGCCGAGGGUCCCGGGUAAAUGGUUUGCCCAGCCCUACCCACAGUGCCCACUGCAGCUUCUACCGAACCCGUACUCUACAGACCCUGAGUUCUGAGAAGAAAGCCAAGAAAGUUCGUUUCUAUCGUAAUGGAGACCGGUAUUUCAAAGGGAUUGUAUAUGCCAUCUCCCCUGACCGGUUUAGAUCUUUUGAAGCUCUGCUGGCUGAUCUGACCCGAACUCUGUCUGACAAUGUGAAUCUGCCCCAGGGAGUGAGAACAAUCUACACAAUCGAUGGCUCCAAAAAGAUUUCCUCCUUGGACCAGCUAGUAGAAGGGGAAAGCUAUGUAUGUGGUUCAAUAGAGCCCUUCAAGAAGCUGGAGUACACGAAGAAUGUAAACCCAAACUGGUCAGUGAAUGUUAAGACAACUUCUACUUCUCGUUCAGUGCCGUCUCUUGCUACUGCUAAAGGAGGUACUCCAGAUACAAAAGAAAAUAAGGAUUUCAUUAGGCCUAAACUAGUCACUAUCAUCAGAAGUGGAGUGAAACCACGGAAGGCAGUCCGGAUUCUGCUUAACAAGAAGACAGCACAUUCAUUUGAACAGGUUCUUACUGAUAUAACUGAUGCCAUCAAGCUUGAUUCAGGAGUCGUUAAACGCUUGUAUACACUAGAUGGAAAACAGGUGAUGUGCCUUCAGGAUUUCUUUGGCGAUGAUGACAUUUUUAUUGCAUGUGGACCGGAAAAGUUCCGUUACCAGGAUGAUUUCUUGCUGGAUGAAAGUGAAUGUCGAGUGGUGAAAUCUACUUCCUAUACCAAAAUAGCUUCAAGUUCACGAAGGAGCACCACCAAGAGCCCAGGUCCAUCCCGACGCAGCAAGUCUCCUGCUUCUACCAGCUCAGUGAAUGGAACCCCUGGUAGCCAACUUUCUACUCCCCGCUCUGGGAAGUCUCCAAGCCCAUCUCCCACCAGCCCAGGAAGCCUACGGAAACAGAGGAGCUCCCAACACAGUGGCUCCUCUACCUCAUUAGCAUCCACCAAAGUUUGCAGCUCUAUGGAUGAAAAUGAUGGACCUGCAGAAGAAGUGUUGGAGGAAGGUUUCCAGGUUCCAGCAUCAAUAGCAGAACGAUAUAAAGUUGGAAGGACUAUAGGAGAUGGAAAUUUUGCUAUUGUGAAGGAGUGUAUAGAAAGAUCAACCGGUAGAGAGUAUGCUCUGAAAAUAAUCAAAAAAAGUAAAUGUAGAGGAAAAGAGCACAUGAUCCAGAAUGAGGUGUCCAUUUUGAGACGAGUCAAGCAUCCCAAUAUUGUACUUCUGAUUGAGGAGAUGGACAUGCCAACUGAGUUGUACCUUGUCAUGGAACUUGUAAAGGGAGGAGAUCUUUUUGAUGCUAUUACUUCGACCAACAAAUACACAGAGCGGGAUGCCAGUGGGAUGCUUUACAAUCUGGCCAGUGCCAUCAAAUAUCUUCACAGCCUGAACAUCGUUCACAGGGAUAUCAAGCCGGAGAACCUCCUGGUAUAUGAACACCAAGAUGGAAGCAAGUCCCUGAAGUUAGGGGACUUUGGCCUAGCAACCAUUGUGGAUGGACCUCUAUACACUGUCUGUGGGACCCCAACAUAUGUAGCUCCAGAAAUCAUUGCUGAAACUGGGUAUGGCUUGAAAGUGGACAUCUGGGCAGCGGGCGUGAUUACUUACAUCCUGCUCUGUGGUUUUCCUCCAUUCCGUGGAAGUGGAGAUGACCAAGAAGUACUUUUUGAUCAGAUUUUGAUGGGACAGGUGGAUUUUCCAUCUCCAUAUUGGGACAAUGUUUCUGACUCUGCAAAGGAGCUUAUCACAAUGAUGCUUCAAGUAGAUGUAGAUCUCCGAUUCUCAGCCUUGCAAGUUCUUGAACAUCCAUGGGUUAAUGAUGAUGGCCUUCCAGAGAAUGAACAUCAGCUAUCAGUAGCUGGGAAGAUAAAGAAGCAUUUCAACACAGGCCCUAAACCGAACAGCACAGCAGCUGGAGUUUCUGUCAUAGCACUGGACCACGGGUUUACCAUCAAGAGAUCAGGGUCUUUGGACUACUACCAACAACCAGGAAUGUAUUGGAUAAGACCACCGCUCUUGAUAAGGAGAGGCAGGUUUUCCGACGAAGACGCAACCAGGAUGUGAGGGGACGUUACAAGGCACAGCAGGCUCCACCUGAACUCAACUCCGAAUCGGAAGACUAUUCACCAAGUUCAUCCGAGACUGUUCGCUCACCUAACUCACCCUUUUAAUAAAACACUUUUACUCAAAAGUCUUGGCUUUAACCCUUUGAGACCCUGAAAAUCCUUCAGACCCGUGUGAGGUGAUUACAUCCAAUCUGUCCAGCACUAACCGCUGAGAUAGUGGAACAUAAAAAGGUGCUUACAGAACCUUUGUAAGAAUUAUUUCCUAAUUAAUUGAAAUACUUGUUCUCUGUUUAGAUUGUAACUUGCUGCUAAUAUUAUCCUCAAAGGGUUAAGGCUAUUUUUUUUUUUUUUUUUUUUAUUUCAAGAUAGAAGCAGUGAAUGUUUUCAUCAGUGAAGUUAGGAACUGCAGUAUGUAAUUUUAGCACAUGUUAACCCUCUGAGUAAAGAAUCAACUUAAAUCUUGACAGCCCACAUUAGGGCUUUAUUCUGGCUUUUUUGCUUUUAUACGCACAUACCUUUUAUAGUACCCUGAAGUUCCUUGCUAGUUUCAGGCCAGAAUGGUACUAAACACACUAUUGCUUAGGGGCUACAAAUAUGGGCUUUAAAAACAAAAAUAUACUGACAUACACAGUAUCUUCCACAGCAGCUCAUUCUAAACCUUCAUUAUGCUUCCUUAGAAAAUGACUGUUGUUGGAGGAUAUUAUGCAGGAUCAAUGGGCAAUUGAAUUUAGGGCAGCCUUAGAGUUUGCAGAAGAUGAGACGAUGGUGGCCAUGAAAGGUUGCUUCCCUAUCGUUUGCUGCUAGUGACAAUGCAGAGUCUUGGGAAAUGGCUUGAGAACACGUUCUGUCAUGUAAUCGUAUGUAAUGAUCUAGCUGAGAAGGUCCUAUUUCAUAAAUGUAUAGACAUCUUUCCACUCAGCAUGACCUGGUUAUUCCAUAGAUAGCCACAGCUAAUACUGUGGUGAAAUUUAAAUAUUAAAAUUGAGAAUUACCCUUAAAACAGCUAGACUAUUUCUGAACUGGGAAAAUAAAGUAAUUUAAUAUAUAUGUAAAGCCUAACCUGUAUUAGUGAAAGUUUUUGUCUUAGAGUGGAGAAACUAAAAAUAACUCACCGUUUCUAUUUGUAAUAUUCAAUAAAAUGGGCAUUUACACAGAAUAUACAUAUUUUUGGUUCGUUAAAACCUCAACACAGCAUUACAGCAUUUUCUUUAACCAUUAUCAUGAAGUUGGCUUCCAUGGAAAUAUUAUAUUUCGUAGGCUUUUGCUUCAAAUGUUGUAAUUUGAAAGAAAAAAAAAAAGUGAUUAUAAAUUCAGUCAAAAUUUCACUAGAAUAGAAAAUAUAGCUUCCAAAAUCCUAUUAUAAAAUGAAAGAUAACAUUAUUAAAGUCAUACUUUCACUUUUUACGCAUAUAAAAUUGACAAUAUAUGAUGCUUUCCCAUCUAAAUCUAAAAUUUUGUCGUGGUGUUUUUAAAAAGUCAUAAAAAUGUGCUUUUCUCUUUCUUACCCCCCCUCUUUUUUUCUCUCUUUCAUUGUCUCUUUGUAUUUAGUAUCAUACAAAUGGAAAUAUCAGUAUGCUGCCCAAAAAGAUGUGCAGACUUUGCUGAUCUUGCUGGGAAGUAUAAAUAAAGUUUGGAGGAACAGGGCAAGUUGCCCACAGUGCAGUUUCUGUUCUGAGUUGUGUUUGCCCAUGGAGCUAUCACUACAAGCAGUUGUGGCACUGAGUGUGUACCUGCACCUUGUUGGAUUUGGUCUAAUGCUCUUUCGCGUUUCUAGGUGGAAGUAUCAGAUGAACCACAUUUUAAGAAACACUGGAAUUGUUUUGUUUCCCCACCCUUUAAAAUGCAUCUUUCAUUGCUUCAGACAUAAAAAUUUAUAUAUUAAAGGCUUUGAAGAUUUUGAAUAUAGGAAUUUCAUCUUGUGAAUUUUCACACAAAUGGUACAAGUAUUUCAUACACCGUGCAAUUAACUUGAGCCAGUGUUAAACUAGAAGUGAGACAUUUAGUCUAAGUUAGAUCUCCAGACUUUCUUGGUAGUACAGAAAUAAGCAUUUUCAGGUUUCAUUCAUCUCAUCUGUUGUGGCGCACAUUUUAGGAAGGACUCGUGGUUUGAUACACCUAUUGAUCUCAAUUCUUUGACUGUAGAAGGAACCACUGGUAGGAGCUCACAUCAGACACCAAACUUAAGAUUAUUAAGCUUAGUAGAACAAAUUUCACUUUAGGAGCCUGAUCUCUGAAUAUACAUCCAUAUGCCAGAAGUCCUGUGUGUAUGCAUGGUCUCAGUCACCCUAAUUGGAACCCAUGUUAUUAACCUAAGUGAAUCAAAUAGGUGUCUUGUAGGAGAAUUCCAUAGAGGCAGAAAUUGAAAGGAUAAAGGAACUGCCACGUGAAAGUCCUCAAGUUUUAGGAUUUGGGAAAGGCUGCAUAUGUUCCUUGACCAUGCCUAUCCAAUCCUAGAGUCCCUGCAAAGUCCCUUGGUAGACAAAGCACAGUCACUGUAAUUGUGCUGUCAAUGGCUGUAUUUUAAGAACAUUUGGUAGGACAGUUAAUAUUUGUUCAUGGGACCAAACCCUCAGCCAUAAUAAAUUCUCCCUUCACUUACUUGCCUACAUCAAGUUAUAGUAGAUUAGGAUCUGGCACAUAUUUUGCCUGCGUCGCCAUCCCACACUGUAGUACAGCCAUCCCUUUAGAAUAGAUACUACUCAACCAUAUAAAUGCAAUACAUACAUUUGGUAAUAAAAAAGUGUCCAUUAAUACCACAUGCUUUUUGACUGUCGGGAAAAUUUGGCAGCCUUAAAGCAAAGGCCAAUGGCCAUUCUUCUUAAUUAGAGAGGGAGGUCAGAAGAAAAAAACAAUAUACAUUUCACCUUAAGCAUGCGAAAUAUUACUCAAAACCCACCUGGGAGUUUCCUAUCACCUUUGCCUUGCUUUGGAAUACAGGGUUAUCAUUAAAAUAAGAUGUUUGGCUCCUUCAUCUUACACCAUCUUGCACUACUUAAAUUGUAUGUGAAAAUAAUCCUAGAUCCUGAAAUUACUACUCAUCCCCAGCAUCUUACAUGUUUCUGAUCUUUGGCUUAUGUUUUAUGAGCAUAACUAUAAAAACAUUUAAGUUAUUUUUAGGUCUGUGACAUAUUGAGUUUCAAAUUGCUGAUAGCCUCUUUGUAGGAUUCAGGGAAAAGUAUCUGAAUCUGAAAACUGUUUUAAAAGGAAUUUUCAUGGUGGUUUUGAGUAUAUUCACAUAUCUUAAACAUAACCAUAUACAUGUAUAUAUAUGUAUGGUUUUGUGGAAAUAAUGUUUUGGGCUUGCACGUUAGCAUCCAUCCCAUUUCUUUUCUAAUGUCUGAAUUCCUGGGAGCAAGUAAGAACAGACUAUGUGCCCCCCAAAAUACUUGAAACACCAUUUAAAAAAAAAGGAAUCAAAGGCAACAGACUAUUUCUAAUGUGAUGAUCUGAGAGAGCACAUAGCACACCACAUUCACUUUACUGUAAUACAUACUGGUCCUCCUGACCUCUUUCUUCAUUUUCCUUUUGAAUCACUGCAAUGUACUGGUGCUAAAAAUAAUUUUAAAAAUGCUUGCUAUGUAUACAAAGCCACUUUCCUCCUGCCAAGCCAAUGUAGUUAACUGAGAUGGAUGGCCAUCAUGGUAGGCACCAUCUAUCACCAAGGAAAUAGAGAGAAGCACUUCCACAGAGCGAUUCAGGUUAUCUAAUAUCUGGUCUCUAGAGCUGCCUGUUGGCUGAUCUUAGUAUUAACAGGAGAAUAGAACAGGGUCACUUCCAGCUUAAUUCCUCUCAGUUAAAUGCAAGUGGGGAUAACAUGGUCUCCAACCUAAGUGCAAUAUUCUAGUGAGCUUGCAUGUGGUAAGCAAACUUUGAAGUGAAAAUGUAGCAAUGGGUAGGUGAUAGGUGAUAGCAUAGUUAAAUGGUCCUGAGAUGGGCCUCAUCUCAUCUAGAUGCAUCCAUCUAAGGGUUACAUAUCUAAUCUAAGGCAAUCAUUUCAUCUUCCCUUAUAGCUGAUGGAGACUGGCUUCUCUAGUGCACAAUUACAAUUCUAGGAUGGAUGAAUCUCUUACUGGAUGAGGUGGCUAGCCCAAAUAAUUUAGAACAUGACUCAUUAAGUCGCAACACAUAAAUUAAUAUUUCUGUUAGUUAUAAUUUUCAUAGCAUUAAUGUACAAAAAAUCCAGAGUACUACAGCUAUACUCAGAGGGUUAACAGAAAAGCACAAGGCAUGCCGAUUACAUUGGUGUAUCCAAACUGCUUUGCUUUUUUAGCCAGUGUUUGCUGAUUUUUUCAGAAAAUUAUUGAAAAUUUUCAAGUUUGAAAUAAUUUCAGUGUUGUUGUUUAAGGAAUUUCUAUAACCAAAUUAAUCUUAUUUUUAGCUUAACUUAUCACAGGAAUAAUAUGUAUCAUUAAUGCAGUGUAAGUCUGUAGUUAUCAAUUUUAUUAAUUCCACAAGUGAUUCCGGAAAUCUCUCUUUUUUUAAGUACUUACUAUAGAGCUUACAAUGGUGGCAUAGGUGACUGAGACUGUCGUUCUUAUUGGUAAACAAACAAUAUUGUAAUUUCAAAGAAGUCCUAAGAAUCAGCUUUUCCGUUUGGUAGUGUACUAGUUAGGGGAAAACCUAUCUCAUGACAUGCAUUGUGUAAAUCAUCUUUGUAGAUGAGGAUCGUUCAUAUUAAUGAACACAUUCUUUUUCCUUGACAUUGUAGCAGAAACUGUUUACUUGUUAAUGAACAACCAAUACAUUUAUUUGCUUCAGACUGUUAGAGGGGAAAGUGAGAUUCCAGUCGUUGACAAUGUUAUCGCUUUACAGUAGCCCUCAUCUAAUUUAAAUGUGGUGCAUACUACAAUAAGCAGAGCCAAACCUGUGAAUAAACUCCUGAAAAAGC